UAUGAUUAUGAUUUAUAUGGUUAAAGAAUAAAAUUUGUCUUCUUUGAAAUUCGAAGUGAGGAAAAAAUAAUUCUAAUGGGAUUGUGACUCCACAUUUUUUAUAUUAUUUCCUAUAAAAUUUAUUAUAUACUGAUCUAAAUAGAUACUUAAAUCAACUUAACUGUUAUCUUUGGUGCGCAAACAUUAUUUUAAAUAUUUGAUUAUAAUUAUAUACAAAAAUUUGUAUAAUCGUCCUACAAAUUCAUUUAUCAUUUCUUUUUCAAAUUAACAUAAAUCCUAUCCUAAAAUUUAAAAUGGAUAAAUUAAAUAUUGAUAUAUUAUAUGAAAUUAUUAAAUGGCAUUUUAAUUAUGGAAAUUGGUAUGAAUUAUUAGAGAAAAAGUUAAUAAAUAAAAAAUGGAAACGAGCUGUUGAGGAGUAUGAAAAUUGUAAUAUAAAAAUAAAAGUUGAUGUAAAAAUGAUUCAAGAUGGAUUUCCAGAUAAAUUUAAAAUAAUUGUUGGGGUAUUUAAAAAGGAAUAUAAUAAAAAAUAUGAGAGAAUAAUAUUUCAUAAUGAAGAUGAGCAUAAUUAUGGAAUAAUCAUAAAAGGGGAAAGUUAUGAUAUGACUUAUUUACCAAAAGGGUAUAAAUAUCAUUGUAAUGAUUGUGAAAAUAAGGCAUUAAUGUGUAAUAAUUGUUUCAUAAGAAGAAAUAAUAGACAUAUGUUCGUUUAUGGAAAAGAAAUAGAAUAUGAUUGGGAUACAAACGAGUAUUUAGUAAAUAAAGAAUUAGAUAAAAAAGAUAAAUUAAUUAUUAAAUGUAUAAGAUGUUAUUAUGAAGAAGAUUUGGUAGAAGAAUUUGAAAGUUUUGAUUUUGGAGAGUCUAGUAUUGAUAAAUAUACAUAUAUAUUUAGACGGUUAAGGAUUAAUAAUGAAAAAUAUAAGAAAGAUAUUUGGUUAACAGAAAAAGAUAUAAGAAUUUAUUGUGAGGAUGAUUAAAAUUUUUAUAAUUUUCUAAAAUUUAUUUUUAUAA